AAUUGGUUAAAAUAAAGAUAUUUUUAAAGCUAAUUUUUUCUCAUAUCAUAGUUAUAUCUGCCACCUGCUGGAUGCUGGGGUGUAUUUGCCACGUUGCUGUAGACAACAGACUUAACGCCUCACGCACACCGACCGGGAGGAUGUAGUUUACAUUUCUCCACACAUGGUGGUGGACGGCGGACAACUUCAAGCUGCUAGACAUACACACGCUCACACACACCUGUGUGUCAGGCUUCCUUCAGGUGGAGCCGCUGACACACUCGCCCCGCGGCUGUAAGAUGUUAACUGACAUGAUUCUGGAGGAAGAGUUUGACAAGAAUGGAGAGGCUUGGUACGACCCGCAGGACCUUGAACACGAUCUCCAUUUGGCAGCGGAGCUUGGGAAAACCCUCCUCGACAGGAACCAUGAGCUGGAGCAGGCCCUGCAGCAGAUGUACUCCACCAACCAGGAACAGCUGCAAGAGAUAGAGUACCUGACCAAGCAGGUGGACCUGUUGCGUCAGAUGAACGACCAGCACGCCAAAGUGUAUGAGCAGCUAGAUGUGGCUGCCAGGGAUCUGGAGCAAGGCAACCAGAGACUAGUUCAGGACAGUCGCCUGGCCCAGCAGAAGAUCCACAGUCUAACAGAGACCAUUGAAGGGCUUCAGACCUACAUGGAGGACCUGCAGACUCAAGUGGAGGAGCUAAAGACUGCCCAGGCAGAGCGAAACAAAAGAGAGCUGGCAGAGCAACGCCGCAACCUCGGAGCACAGAGUGUGUCCUGUAUCAAAGAGCUGUAUGACUUACACCAUGACAGGAAUCUAGCCCACAAUGGUCUGCGUGUGGAUGGACUCUGGUCACCGCAGUGCUCUUUCUAUGACCGAGACAGACGCCAAGACCCAGAGGAGGAGAACGCGGCUCUCCAGCGCUCCGUCUGGACCCUUGAGAGCCAGAUAGCUGUGGAGCGGAGCCGCAGGGAGGCUGCAGAGCGUGAGAUUGAGUUGACAUCCAGGGAGAACAUAGACCUGGAGCAGCAGCUGGCCGUGCUGGCUGGCUGCCGAGUCAGGCAGAGGGAGCUGGAGGACGAAGUGGAGCAGCUGCGGCUUCUGUGGCGUGCUGACUGCGCCAACAGUGUCAGAAGACCAGACCAGCUGCAGUUGCCUGAAACAGUAUUCUUUGCCUCAGAAGAAAGACCGGGGCAGGAUGAGAUGGAGGAGAAGGUAGGAAAGGAUGAGGAGCAGAGAAGAUACAUCUGGCAGAGGUGUAACAGUGAGAGCGUUUUGAGAGCGACGGACCCAGACGAGAUUCGGCGUGGUCACGAGCAGCUGUGUAUAAGGCGAACGGAAGCGGUGAAACAGAGGGGCAUCUCUCUGCUCAACGAGGUGGACGCACAGUACAGCGCACUGCAGGUGAAAUAUGACGAGCUGCUGCGGCGGUGCCAGCAGGCAGACGGGCCCAGCCAUAAAGCCGUCCAGACAUCUACCAGUCCCUUUGGGAGCUUCCGGACCCGCCGCCGGUCCUCAGCCGUUCUGUCUAAUCUGACAGUGGUUCUUGAAGACCAGCAGCCCGAAUACAAGGCUCUCUUCAAGGAGAUCUUCACCUGCAUCCAAAAGACCAAAGAGGACCUCACCAACAACAGAAGUCCAGUCAAGGACCGUGAUGCCCAGGGCUCUGCCAGAUGAUUGUAUUAUUCAUAAUCCUGGGAUUUGCGACACAGGAGAAACUUGGAGGUUGCUUUGCUACAAAAAUAUCUAGAGGUUGCAAUUGCAAUAUAUUUGACAUGCUGCAAUCCUUUCAUCUCCUAUCAUUUUAACACACCUUUUUAACACACCUAUGAUUUUUUUAGUCAGCACUGUUACUAUUACAUC